AUGCUAAGCCAAGUGACAGCAACCUUGCUAAGGGCUAACGAGUGGCACGAAGUUGAGCUUGUUGCACAGCCUACCAAACAGCGAGGAUGGCUUUUCAAAGCUGUCAAUCGUGAUGCCGUUUGCUUUGCUUAUGAAGUUGGUAACACCAUUUGCAUUAGCAUUUCCAGAUUUUUCCAUGCCGCCAAAGCCCCGAAGCAAAGUCGCAUUGUUUAUGCUGGCAGACGCUUGAGCAGAGACACUGAGGAUGCCUGGUCCAGGGAUGUUGGUCCGAAAGGUCUUCAAAAGCAAUCUGGACCAGUCCCUAUGGAAACUGAAAUCUCUGCUACUGCUGUUGAUGACCCAUCACAGAAAGAGUCGAGUGACCAGCCCAAAAGGAGUUCCGGUCAGGGAAAUUCUCCUGAAAAGAAACGUGCCAAAGCUGAAGUCGUGGAUGAUAAAAGCAAUGACUCGCUUCAUGGCUACUCCAUCCUUGACUUAGGUGGCGAUGGAGACUGCGCGUAUCGUGCUGGAGCUGCCGCAUACGCGUUAGCAAGCAAUCGCCCCAAAGUUGAUGUGGUCAAGAAUGCUGGCCAACUUGGUGCCACCCUUCGUGCGCAGAUCACGUCUCAUUUGCGUAGACAUGCCAUUUACGAAAGUACUUUUGUGCCUGAUUCGCGAUGGACACCUGCACGUGAAGCAGGAGUUGUGCCACGCACGUAUUCUGAGUGGAUUGAAGCCACUGCUCGACCCCAGCGGUGGAUUGAUGGCCCUUGCCUGGCUAAUCAGCAUGCCCCGAUGAGUCAAAGCCUUUUCCUCAUGAGUGGAUCAUACCCCCAGCUGGCAUUUCGUUUGAUGCUGGUGAAGCUAGAGGUGUCGUAUGUUCUGCCACCUGAUCAACAGGGCCGGGCAUGUCCCAUCACGGGAUGCAACGCUGCUCUUCCUACAUUGCCUCAUCAAGAUCACAAACGUGCUGUCGCCAAGCACAUCAGUGAUUGUCACCCGGGCUACACCCCCAGGACGCUCUUUGCAUUGAGGGCGAAGAUCUUCAAGAAGCCUGCUGUAGCUACGCUGUUGACUGAGAAGUAUGCUAAGCAACGUGCCAAGUUGUAUAAGACGCAUGAGAUAGUCAAGGUCGAUUCCCCUGAGAGGGUUGCCAAAGGUGAGCGCGGCAGUCUUUACUACUGCAAAAAAUGCCUGUUUCAGUUGAAGCAAGACAAACAAGGUGGUUGUCAUACUUGCACUCAAAAUCUGAAGCGUAUGAAACAGAAAGAAGUUGUGCAAGGUCAGCGUCGCAUGUGGACGAAUCUUAAGAAGAAUUCCCCCCAGCAUGCUGCCAAUUACGCUGAGGCCGUCGGCAAGACUUUUGCUGAGCUUGAUCGCAUCUUCCAGGUUUGGUCCAUUACUGUUGGACGUGGUAAUGGUGCUUGGGAGGCUUUUCAACUUGCUCGAAAGCACAAAAUUGAUAUACUUGCUUUGCAGGAGGAUGGUUUAAAGAAUAGUGAGCGUAAUGGUUUCAUACGUCAUGUCUGCAAAUCACAGUAUCGCAUCUAUGAUGCGCCUGCCCGUGUUCGCAAAUAUCAGGCUUGGGGCGGUGCUAUGCUCCUUGUCCAUUCUCGUUUGCGCAGCACGCAGAUUGAUGCGUUGUCUUGCGAUGACUGUCAAUGCGUCACAGUUCGCGUGGAAAACAUCACGUUCAGCUCCUGUUAUCAGGUUCCCACUGGUGUUCGGUUGCCGCUAGCACAGCAUCUCACCGAGAUGCAGGUCUUGAUGCCUGCAGGAUCUGUUUUCGCAGCUGUCGGCGAUUUUAACGAUACACCGUCAGAGACUUGCAUUUUGCAAGAUGCCGCGUCACCGGGCUUAACUGCCUUGUUUGCCCGCCUUGCAAAUGGUGCACCUGCACCAACCAGAUGGGAAGGAACUCGUUGCAUCGAUUUUCUGGUGACAAAUUCUUGCAGCAAUUUUACUCCGGUGAGGCUCCUGGAAGCCGAAGCAAUUGCCGAUCAUAAGAUUUUGCACUUUGAUGCUGUCUUUGACACUGAGAAAACAUCUCACCCGUGGCCACUGAAUCGCAAAUUGAUGCCUUAUGGGCUAGUUUCCUUUAAGACCUCUAAUCACUACCCCCUGUUUGGUAAGCUUGGCCAUGCGGUUGAUACCUUCAAGGUCCGAAAAAUUCGCAAUUUCCUUGCCCAGAUGAGAGAAAGAAGGAAGCUCAGUAGCCUGGGUAAAGAAAACACGGUUGAGUUCCAGUCACUGGUGACAAAAACCACUGCCAAUCCACUGUUUGAUAGGAGUCAAGACAUUCAGUCUCAAAUCCGCACCAUGGAGACUGCGUUAAAGCAUGAGCGCGAGUCUCAGAGCAAGUGUCGCUUGGAUAACUGGCGACAGAAGUUGCGGAGUAGUGUGAGCGCUUGUCACACCUGGCUCAAAACUUCAGCACCGCAGCCUUUCAGAGGUUUGUUUGCUGAAAGUCUUGCAGUUGUGGAUGCUACAACUUGCCUUGACUCUUCUCUUUUGCUUUUGCGUGACUACUGGAAGCAAGUUUGGAACAGACCUCCAGUCGACAUGCCCGCUGUCCGUGGGCGUGUUUUGUCCGAAUGUCAGCAUCAUAAUGUCAUGCCGCUUCCUAAUCACGAGUGGAGCGCCGUCACUUCCGAUGAGUUCGCAUCCUGUGCUUCUCGUCUCAAAGGAAAAGCAUCAGGAUUAGACGGUUGGACAGGCGAUGAGAUCAGCUCGCUGCCUCCUGAUGCUUUUGAUCUUUUUGCCAAAUUUUGCGUUGGCUGUGAAACUUCUGAGCGCUUGCCUAAUGCGUGGCAGCUUGCUAAGCAGAGUCAUCUGCCAAAAGCUAGUAAGGGCCUCAGACAAGCUGACGGCGCACAUGAUGUUGGCGGCUUGAGACCGCUCUCAAUAUUUAGUUGCUGGUAUCGCCUCUGGGCUUCGGCUAGGCUUCGUACUAGUGAUGCCAAUGCAUGGUGCCAACGUUGGUGGCCUGAUCAAGCCAUCGGUGGUAAGAAGAAAAAGGAAAUUUAUAAUGCACUGGCCCCCUUGUUUGACCGCGCAACAAGAGGUCAUUACAUUGUUUCCUUAGAUUUUAGCCUUGCUUUUGAUUUCUGUGAUCCUGAGAUUGCAGUUUUUAUCAUGAAGCAGUUAGGGCUGCCACAUGGUUUGAGCACCAUGCUACUGCAACAGUGGACGCAUCAGCAGCGAUUGAUUUCCUUCCAAGGCUGUUGUCUUGACGCACCUGAGCGUGUGCAACGUUCAUUGCCGCAAGGUGAUCCUUUUUCGCUUCUUGCAAUGGUGGCAACUUUGACUCCUUGCAUCUGGGAGAUUGUUCGCCGUUUUCCUGACACUGAGUUGCGUACUUUCGUAGAUGAUCGUACGUGGGCUUCGCCAAGUGCCCCAGAGGCUCUUCAAGUUCUUGAAGUCUGGAAGUCUUGGAGUGAUCUCUUGCAGCUUAGGGAAAAUGAUGAUAAAAGUCAAUUUUACCAUAAGAGUAUUUCGGGUCGUAGAUCCCUUGUCGAUCAUGGUGCACCAGUGACGAAAGUCACGGACAAGCCUGUCAUUUUGGGCACUGUCUUUCGUGGUGCUUGUCAGCGUCGUCAUUGCGACAAAGAGAACACUCGCAUUGAUGAUGUGCUCAGUCUCAUUGCUCGUGCCACGUUUCUUCCUGUAUCGUGGCAAACGACGCGCAUGGUUGUUGCUGCUGGGCCACUUGCUAACGCCGAGUUCGGCUGGUGCUUGAAGCCUCCCACGCUUGAGGUUUGCCGUAAGGUCCAACGGGCCAUUAAGAAAGCUUUGCAUGAGCCUCGUUAUGCCAGCCCUGAUCUUCAUGAUGCUCUGAGAGGGCAUAGGCUGCAUUUCGGCUUUCGUGCUCUCACUGCUACUUUUACGGCUGCCAGGAGAGUCCUUGACAAGGAGCCUGCAAGGCUCAUCCCUGGUCUUUGGGACUGGAACCUUGGAUGGUCGGCUGCCAUUCAUGCCAUGCUGAAACGGUAUGGUUGGGAGUUUAUCAGCCCUUGGCAUUGGAAGCAUAGCAUCACUCAUGCUUCUGUUGCUUUGAACAAGCGUAGUCCUCACUGGUGUUCCAGUGCUGAGUCGGUACUUCAUCAGUUGCGUGAAGGCUUCCGUGCACAUUCCUGGAAUCUGUGGCAAAACUCGCAGCGCAAUGACAACUUGUGCUGCCCUGUCAUGGAUUACAACUCUCAUCGAUGCAAGCUCGCUCUCAAGCAAGUGUCGGGCUGUCCGGAUCGCUUUGCCAUCAUGACUGGUGCAUACUGCAGUCCUGCUGCCUAUGGUAUUGCCACUCGUGGCAAUGAUAUGUGUCCGUUUUGCAAUGCUGCAGCUGGCCUCGUCGCCCUGAUGAAGCGCUUCAAGCAAGACUUGG